AAAAGAGAAGCAUCUCUGCCAUUCCGGUAACGGGGAUACGUCCUCUCUGCGCUGAUGUCUGGUUUCGGAGUGUGCGCAGGGACAAGAACAUUCUACCUCUCGGGAGACAAGGUUGCUCCAGCUUCUGUGUAUGUUUGUGACAUGGAGAAAGAAAGAAUAGCUUCUGACUUACCGAAAAAUAUGACACAGGACUCAGUGGUCUUUGAGGAUGUGGCUGUGGACUUUACUCAAGAGGAGUGGGCUUUGUUGGAUCUUGCUCAGAGGAACCUCUACAGAGAUGUGAUGCUGGAAAACUUCCAGAACCUUGCCUCACUAGCAGGGUACCCGUUACACAUACCGCAUCUGAUCUCUCAGUGGGAACAAGAGGACCUGAAGAUAGUGAAGAGGGGACUUAUCCAGGACACCUGUACAGGGGAGCACCAGGAAGGCUUUGAGACUCAACUUAAAACUAGUGAAUCAAUUGCUCAGCAAGAUAUUUUUGGAGAAAAAAUAUCCAAAGUAAGAUUCAAAAGGAAUGAUUCCUGGUCCUCCAAUUUACAUGAAAACCAAGAAUUCCAUGGUAUUGAUUAUCAGAACAGUGACCAAGAGAGACAUUUGAGGUGAGUGGCAUUCGUAUAAGAUAAAGUAGUGUUUUAGGAGAGAAUCUUUUAAGUGUCAUGAAUUGAAAAAUACAUAAAUAUAUAAAUCUAGGUCAAAAAUUGUGAUGUCACCAGAAUUUUCACAAGAUAACGUGUCCAAAAAUGUGACUGAGAUAUUGAGUGUUUGACACUUAAUUUUCUUGCAAACAGUUAUCAGAAAAAUUCUGUAAGUCAGAAAGUUCGUAACAUUAUUGACUAUGGCAGAGCCCUCUGAGAACUUUCAGCUUAUAACUUGACAGGAAAGAAAAUACACACAUUUACUGAAAAUGGUAAAAAUUUAUUACUAAUAAUGUGCUUUUAUUUUUAAAAGAAGUCAUGUGGUGAAGAGAAUCUAUGAAUGUAAUGAAGGAAAUCAGUAUGGACAAGCCCUCAGCCAAAUUCCAAAUCUUAAUGUGGUCAAGAAAACUACUGGAGUAAAACCGUA